GUGGUGGUGUGUUAGGUUUUUCCUCCCCGGAAUUUCACAACAAGUCCUAGAAGUGUUGUAUUAUGUUCUAACAGUUGUUGAAAGAUCGAUAGAAUACGUGUUCUAUAGUUAAACCUGUCGGGUUGGGAAUUUAACAGCAAAGGGUUAAGUUGAGUUCCAAGAUUCAGGUCAAUCAAUAGCAGACUAAUAAAAUAAACGAAAAGCAAGCGGAGUCCCACAAAAGUUAUCGCCAUCGUCAUCACGGUUGUGUUCCAUCACGUCACGGUACGGUGCUCGGAGAAAGCCAGCUAAAAUCGUCGUGAACACGCGAUUGUGUAGAUCACCGUCACCAGAAACAGCCAGUGGGCGUACCGAGCACACAUUCGUCAGCAACGGUCAGCGAGUGAGUGCGGAGUCCGUGUCUCCUGCUGUAGAGCAAAGCCGCAGAAGAACAUCAUCUGAACCGGAGAGACCGUCCGAGAGAAUUUGCACAAACCGCGCGAGAGAGCGCGGCCGGAGAAAGAUCCGCGGAAGGAUUCCCCAGGCCGCCGCGCGCUCGGUGAAAAGUAAAUAAGUACAAGUCAGCUCCACGGCGGUGGUUUAGUUCGAAGCAGUGCUUCAGCGCGUUCAGAUUAGAAGGUGAUUACAGAGCAGCUCCUGUAACAAGAGAAUAUACCGUGUGCUUUUUGCUGGCCCUUGGCAACCAAAGUUCGGGCAUUCUGGACAGUUUCGUCACCGCGUGUGUUGUGAAGAAGAGCGCAAGAAAGAGGAAGAGCGCUGAACGAGUGUGAUAACCGUGAAGCAUUCACUUCACAAUCAAUAGGCAGUGAGAGGAUCAUUCUGCCAGGUUCAGACAGGGAAGGUGGUGUGAUUCCGACAAGAGAGUAGAAGUACAGUGUGUGUGUGUGUGUUUGUGGUGUGUCUGCUGAUCGAAGAGAUCUGCUGAAGAAUCUGCGAGUGCAACGAGAGUUCAGUCGUCUUCUGGACGUGCAAGUGAAAAGGUGUGCCUCGCCAAGUGAACCGUGCUGAAUCGUUCUGAAACGAGAACUACACCCAAAAGUAGCUGGUAGCUGCAUCCUAACCGUUGCAGUACUUGAUCAUCAACGAACAACCAGCACAAAACACUAGUAGCAAAGCGCAAACGCUCCACCGUUGACGCUAGCGCCAGAACCCACGCGCCACAGCCAUUCCUUCCCGUGGAAAACGUACCCACAAAAAGAAAACACGACGCAACAAAAGUGCCACGAUGCCGGCUCGCUUCGAGGACGUCACUACUGACACCCGCCGCGGUGUCCCCAGGGACUUGGGGGGACACUACGAUGGCUGUCAGAUCCGGGAUGACAUCUGCAUCACAGGCUUCUCGGGCCGGCUCCCGGAGAGCUCCAGCAUCGACGAGUUCAAGCGGAACCUGAUGGAGGGCGUCGACAUGGUCACCGACUCGGACCACCGGUGGGCCAAGAACCUGUACGAUCUGCCCGCGCGCAGCGGCAAAAUUAAGGACGACGACCUGCAGAACCUGGACGCGGAGUUUUUCAAGAUCCACCAGAAGCAGGCCGAGGGCAUGGACCCCCAGCUGCGGAUGCUGCUCGAGUGCACCUACGAGGCUAUCAUUGAUGCGGGCAUCAAUCCUCAGGAGAUUCGUGGCAGCCGCACGGGAGUGUACGUCGGUGCGUCCGGAUCGGAAACCGAGCAGCACUGGAGCUCCGACCCGGACCUGGUGAACGGGUAUGGCCUCACCGGAAGUGCCCGGGCGAUGUUCGCCAACCGACUGUCGUACACGUUCGAUCUGAAGGGACCCAGCUUUGCGCUGGACACGGCCUGUUCCAGCUCGCUGUUUGCGUUGUCGUACGCGUUUGCCGACAUGAAGGCUGGACGGUGUGACGCGGCCAUCGUGGCGGGAGUCACGGUGAACCUGAAGCCGACGAUGGCGCUGCAGUUUAGACGGUUGAACAUGCUGAGUCCGGACGGUGCCUGCAAGGCGUUUGACGAGUCCGGAAACGGAUACGUCCGUUCGGAUGGCUGCGUUGUAACGCUGCUGCAGCGUGCGUCCGACUCUCGUCGUAUCUACGCGAGCGUACUGAAUGUCAGGGUCAACACGGACGGUUACAAAGAUCAGGGCGUUACCUAUCCCAACGGACAGAUUCAGAAGCGCCUGAUCAAGGAAACUUACGAGGAAAUCAAUCUCAACCCGGCCGACGUGGUGUACGUGGAGGCUCACGGAACCGGUACCAAGGUCGGAGAUCCGCAGGAAGUCAACUCGAUCACGGACUUUUUCUGCAAGGAUCGCAAGACUCCGCUGUUGAUUGGAUCCGUCAAGUCGAACAUGGGCCACUCGGAGCCCGCUUCGGGUGUGUGUUCCGUGGCAAAGAUGUUGAUUGCCAUGGAGGAGGGUAUCUUGCCUGGAAAUUUGCACUUCCAGAGUCCUAACCCCGAUCUGUACGGAAUCGUGGACGGCCGCGUCAAGGUUGUCGAUCGUAACAUGCCCUGGAACGGUGGCAUCAUCGGCCUGAACUCGUUCGGAUUCGGCGGAGCUAACGCUCACGUGAUCAUGAAGUCUCAUCCCAAACCGAAGCCAAUCAGCCCCAAGGAUGGAUUCCCGAAGCUGGUGCUCGCUUCCGGUCGUACCGAUGAAGCUGUAGAAGCUUUCUUGGACGAGGCUGCGCUGAACAAGGACGACGAAGAGUUGGUGGGACUGCUGAACGAAAUUCACAGCAAGAAUACUCCCGGCCAUAACAACCGCGGUUAUGCCGUUAUUGGUGACGGUCAGUCGGUUCAGGAAGUCUUGGAGAUGAACGAUGACAAGCGUCCGAUUUGGUUCAUCUACUCUGGUAUGGGCUCGCAGUGGGCCAGCAUGGCCAAGGACAUGAUGCGCGUGGAAGUCUUCAGCAACAGCAUCCACCGUUGCGCUGAAGCUCUACGUCCCGAGGGCGUCGAUCUGAUCGAAAUCCUCACCAAGAGCACUGACGCCACCUUUGACAACAUUCUCAACUCGUUCAUCUCGAUCGCUGCCGUCCAGGUUGCGUUGACUGACGUGCUGAACCAUGUUGGCAUCAAUCCCGACGGCAUGGUCGGACACUCCGUGGGUGAACUGGGCUGUGCGUACGCCGAUGGCUGCUUCACUCCGGAGCAAACCGUACUGGCCGCAUACUGGCGAGGUCGCAGCAUCCUGGACACCCAGCUGAUCCCUGGCCAGAUGGCCGCCGUUGGACUGUCCUGGGAGCAGUGCAAGGAGCAACUACCGAAGGACAUCAUCGCGGCUUGCCAUAACAGCAACGACAGCGUUACGAUUUCCGGCCCAGUAGAAUCGGUCAACAAGUUCAUCGCCAAGCUGAACGCCGACGGUGUCUUUGCUAAGGGCGUCAAGAGUUCGGGCAUUGCCUUCCACAGCCGGUACAUUGCGGACGCGGCCCCGAAACUACGCAAAUCGCUCGACAAGAUCAUCCCGAACCCGAAGAGCCGUUCGCCGCGCUGGAUCAGCACCAGCAUCCCGGAGGAGGCCUGGAAUACGCCGCUGGCGCAGCAGUCUUCGGCGGCGUACCACGUGAACAAUCUGCUCUCGUCGGUGCUGUUCGCCGAGGGCAUUCGCCACGUGCCGGACAACGCCAUCUGCAUCGAAAUUGCCCCGCACGGGCUGCUGCAGGCCAUCCUGAAGCGUGCCCUCGGCAAGGAGGCCGUCAACCUGAGCUUGAUGCGUCGCGAGAACCAGAACAACGUGAUCUUUAUGCUGAGCAACCUUGGAAAGUUGUACAGUGCCGGAGCUCAACCGCAGGUGCAGAAGCUGUACCGUCCAAUUUCGUACCCGGUCGGCCGAGGAACGCGCAUGUUGAACUCGCUGGUGAAAUGGGACCACUCGACCAAGUGGUUCCUGGCCAAGUUUGGCGCAGAAAGCAAGUCCGGUGAAACCGUCAUCGACAUCAACCUGGAGAAGCCGGAGAAUGCGUACCUGACUGGACACGCCAUCGAUGGACGUGUGCUGUUCCCGGCAACGGGAUACCUUACGCUGGCGUGGCGCACAUUCGCCAAGAUGCGCGGAGCUGACAUGGAGAAGACUCCGGUCGUCAUCGAGAAUGCCGUAUUCCACCGGGCUACGAUUCUGCCCAAAACGGGCUCCGUCAAGCUGGGCAUCAACUUCUUUGACGGGACGGGUGCGUUCGAAAUCUGCGAGGGAGGUUCGCUGACAAUGUCGGGCAAAAUUUCCAUCCCGGAGAAGAUCGAGAACGAGGAGCUGAAUCUGCCCAAGCUCGACGAGGACAAGUCGGGAAUGGCGUUAAACACGAGCGACGUGUACAAGGAGCUUCGUCUGCGUGGAUACGAUUACGGAGGAAUGUUCCGUGGUGUGACCAAGGCCGAUGCCAAGGCGAUCACGGGAGAACUCCAGUGGAAGGAUAACUGGGUCAGCUUUAUGGACACGAUGUUGCAGUUCUCGCUGCUGGACAAGUUUAUGCGUGACCUGUAUCUGCCGACGCGUAUCGAGAAGGUUGUCAUCAAUCCAGCUCGCCAUCUGGAUAUUAUGAAUGAGCUUAAAACAACUAGCAAGGACGCUCCGGUCACAAUGUACCGAAACAUUGACGUGAUCAAGAGUGGUGGCGUUGAGAUUCGUGGCUUGAAGGCUACGCUGGCUCCGAAACGUGCCGGUUCCCAGAACCCUCCAUCGCUGGAGAAGUACGUGUUUGUUCCGAACUGCAACGAAAAGAACCUAGCCGAGGGCGUCGAGAAGGCUCGCCUGCGUUCGAUAACUGCCGCUGUACAGAUCGUCAUCGAGAACAGUGCCGGAGCGUUGAAGAUCAAGGCUGCCGAUGCUUGCUUCCAGCGUGCACCGGAGAAUAUCAUGGCCGCUGCGGUUCAGGAGAUUGUUGAAGGUGAACCGAUGCUGGCCAGCGACGUUGCUGUCGUUACCAACUACCAACCGGAUGCCCUCGUUCAGCAUUACGGAGAUUGUGGAAUCCGUGUGGUAGCUAAGGAUCCUACCGCCGGAGCUAUUGAGCAGGGCUGCCAUCUGGUGGUUUCGUACGAUAUCUUGGGCCGUCCCGAUGCUCAAACUGUACUGACCAACCUUCGCGCUUCCAUUCGUGAGGACGGAUUUAUCCUUCUGGAAGAAUCCCGCACGGCUUUCGACGGUGCCAAGAAGGGCAAGGCUUUGUUCGAUGCGCUCAACCUGACGACCGUUUCGUACCAAUUUUGCGAGAACAAGGUGUACAUCUUGCUCCGCACAGUCGUUGCCUACGAGAAGCGUACCAGCACCGUCAUCCAGGUUACCGAGAAGAACUUCACCUGGCUCGAACCGCUGAAGGCUGCUUUGGCGAAGGCCGAAGAGACCAACACCUUCGUUUACUUGGUCUGCCAGGGCGAGGAACUGUUUGGAGGUCAGGGCUUCAUCAACUGUAUCAAGAACGAGGCUGGAGGCAAGUUCGCGCGAAUGGUGUUCGUUCAGGACAAGCGCGCUGAGAAGUUUACUCUCACCGGAAAGCUGUACGCUGAACAACUCAAGAAGGAUCUGAUUUGCAACGUUCUGAACUCCAACGGUGUCUGGGGAACCUUCCGUCAUCUACGCUUGGACAGUUACACCAACUCUCCAACGCUGCAGGUUGAGCACGCGUACGUGAACGCUCUGACCAAGGGUGACCUGGCCAGUUUGAAGUGGAUCGAAGGUCCGCUUUCGCUAGACCGACCGGAUCCACGGGACAAGGACAACGAGCUGUGCACCGUGUACUACGCCCCGAUCAACUUCCGUGACGUUAUGUUGAGCUCUGGAAAGCUCGGAGUGGAUGCCCUGCCGGGUGACUUGCCGAACCAGGACUGCAUCCUGGGUCUGGAGUUUGCCGGUCGUGACUCCAAGGGUCGCCGCAUCAUGACCAUGGUUGCGGCCAAAUCGCUGGCCACCACUUGCAUCGCGAACCGCGAAAUGAUGUGGGAGAUCCCGGACAACUGGACCAUGGAGCAGGCCUCGACGGUGCCGUGCGUCUACUCGACUGUGUACUACGCGCUGGUUGUGCGUGGACGCAUGAAGAGCGGCGAAUCUAUCCUGAUUCACGCCGGAUCGGGAGGUGUGGGUCAAGCGGCCAUUUCGGUUGCCCUGGCCACCGGCCUUACGGUGUUCACCACCGUCGGUAGCAAGGAAAAGCGUGACUUCCUGAAGCGUACCUUCCCGCAGCUGCAGGACAAGAACAUCGGGAACUCGCGUGACUGCUCGUUCGAGCAGAUGAUCUUGCGCGAAACGCAGGGCCGCGGUGUAGAUCUGGUGCUGAACUCGCUAUCGGACGAGAAGCUGCAGGCUUCGGUGCGCUGUCUGGGCCUGAACGGACGCUUCCUGGAGAUUGGCAAGUUCGAUCUGAGCAACAACACUCCGCUGGGAAUGUCGGUGUUCCUGAAGAACACCUCGUUCCACGGUAUCCUGAUCGACAGCAUCAUGGAUGGGGACAAGGCAUCGCUGCAGCAGACGGUCAAGCUGGUGGCGGAGGGUAUCAAGUCCGGUGCCGUCCGUCCGCUGCCAACGAGCGUGUACAACGAGCAGCAGGUUGAGCAGGCCUUCCGUUUCAUGGCAUCCGGUAAGCACAUUGGUAAGGUCGUCCUGAAGAUUCGUGACGAAGAACCGUCCAAGAUUGUCGUCCCGACGCCGAAGCUGGUUCCGGCCAUUCCGCGUACCUACAUGCACAAGGAAAAGAGCUACAUCCUGGUCGGAGGUCUGGGAGGAUUCGGUUUGGAGCUUGCCAACUGGAUGGUGUCUCGCGGAGCUACCAAGAUUGUGCUGACCUCGCGUAGCGGAGUUCGUACCGGCUACCAGGCGUCGAUGAUUCGUCGCUGGACCAGCCGUGGAGUCAAGGUAUCGAUCGACACCAACGACGUGACCACGCUGAGCGGAGCCAAGAAGUUGCUGCAGGAGGCCAACAAGCUGGGACCGGUUGGUGGAGUGUUCAACCUGGCGGCGGUUCUGCGGGACGGCCUGUUGGAGAACGCAACCGAGGCUGAAUUCAAGACUGUCUGUGUGCCUAAGGUUGACGGAACCAAGAACCUGGAUCAAGCGACGCGCGAGUUGUGUCCUGAUCUGGACUACUUUGUCUGCUUCUCGAGUGUGUCGUGCGGCAGAGGAAACAUUGGUCAGGUGAACUACGGUUUGGCCAAUUCGGCGAUGGAGAGGAUUUGCGAGGCUCGCCAAGCUACUGGAUUGCCCGGAACUUCGAUUCAGUGGGGCGCCAUCGGUGACACUGGAUUGGUGUUGGAAACGCUGGGUGACAACGAAACCGUCAUUGGAGGUACGCUGCCGCAGCGGAUGUCCUCUUGUCUGCAGACGAUGGACUUCUUCCUGCAGCAGCCAAGUCCUGUGCUGGCUUCGAUGGUUGUUGCCGAGAAGCGAAAGGCAGAAACCGGUGGAGCCGGCCUGGUCAGCAGUAUUGCCAACAUUUUGGGUCUGAAGGACACCAAGAACGUGUCCGACUCGGCAACGUUGGCUGACCUCGGUAUGGACUCCCUCAUGGGUACGGAAAUUAAGCAGACCUUGGAGCGAAACUUUGACACGACGCUGAGUGCGGCCGAGAUCCGACUGCUGACGUUCGGAAAGCUGAAGGCUUUGGAAAGUGGCACCGGAGACGUUGCCAGCGAUUCUUCGGCAGCGGCAGGUACCGAUUCUAAGCAAGAUCUGAACGGUGUUGGCGAUGGAACGCAGGUCAAGUUUGGCACGGAACUCAUGCCAACGAAAUGCCUAACCCGACUGGACUCAAAGGCCCCGGCCAACAGCAAGGACACUCCAGUGUUUAUGAUCCACGCCAUCGAAGGAGUGAUCACCUCUUUGAUCCCACUCGCACAAACUCUGACAGUGCCGGUCUAUGGACUGCAAUGCGUUGCCGAAGCUCCAUUGGAAUCUCUGGAAACCCUUGCCGCGUACUACAUCAAGCAGAUCCGGACGGUCCAACCGAAGGGUCCAUACACGAUCCUGGGCUACUCGUUCGGUGCCUCGAUCGCCUACGAGAUCGUCGUGCAGCUGGAGAAGGCCAAGGACGCGUGUAGACUGGUGCUGAUUGACGGAUCGCCCGGUUACGUCAGCUGGUACACGGAAGCCCAGAAGCAGCGCAAUGCCAACGGCGGCGGUGUCCAAGCCCAGGACGAAGCAUUCGCUUUGGCUUACUUUGCCAUGGUGUGCGGCAAGCUGGACUACGGAAAGACUGCCCAAGAGCUGAUCAAGCCCAAAACCUGGGAAGCGCGGUUGCAAAAGUGCGCCGAAUUGGUCCGAGUUCAGCUGCCACAAUACUCCCAGCAAUUGCUCGAAACGACAGCCAAAUCCUUCGUGCAAAAGAUCGUUGCCAACCAUUUGUACAAACCAUCGUCCAAGAUCAAUGCCCCCGUGAAGCUGGUCAAACCCACGGAAAAUUACGCCAAACUGCAUGGCGACUACGGUCUUUCAGAGCUCUGCACCAAGGAGGUUAAGGUGACCACCGUCAAGGGUGACCAUCGGUCGAUCCUGACGGGCGAAUCGAUGCUAAACAUUUCCAAACUGCUGCUGGAAACGAAUUAAGGGAUCAGCAGUCAGUCCGGUGCAUCCUGUACAAAGACACACACAAACCACAAACAGAAAAUCAAACAAUGAACGUGAAAAGUCUACAUCGGCCGCAUUUACAGGCAGGCGAGAAAGAAGAAUCGUAAUUUAUUCAUUUUUCUCCACGAUUUUUUUUUUGUUUAUAGUAGUUUAAAUUUGCUUCCUCUUUUUUUUAUACAUUUUUUUGUAUAAGAAUCUUAAAUCCUACUGUUCGAGAAGCCAACACAUAAUUGGUCAUACUAAUAUGUCAGCACGCGCGCGUGAUGGUAGCAAGAUCAGAUCUUACUAUGAAUCGUCAGCACUCAGCGAAGGAACCUAGCCGCAAAGAGAACUGCCACUAAUAUCUGGGAGCCCAAGUCCAAUUAUCCCAGGGAUAGUGCCACUUUUCUUUGUCUGGCAACGUUCUUCAAAAACACUGAAAACAUGUGAUGUUUGUAACGUUUAUAACCGUUUCUCUUGCGUAGCAAUUAGUUGCCUUAUUUCUGUGAGAACAAAAAAAAAACGGCUUCGAAAAACAAAAACAAAACAAAACAUACGUUCCAACUUUAGAGUAACGCUGUGUUAUCUCUCUUGCUAAUUGAUAUGAUUAGGUAGCUAGUGAUAGAUAAGUUUUAGUCAGCAACAACAAACGGGGGAUUGGGAUCCUUUCAAACACUGAACUGUGUGUACUGUGUAGUGUGGUUAGCACGCUUUAGAGCAGAAGGAAGAAAACAAAUAUUUUUACAUCACAAAACACAAAAUAAAUAAAUAAAAAUAAUAAAACAAA